CUCGGAUCGGCCCCAAGCGAGGCUGAGGCUCCGACGGUGGCCGGCGGGGCUCUCGAGGCUUCGGAGCGGAGGGCCCGGUUCGGCGCGUGGGACGCGGCCGCAGCUGUGCCGGGGAGUAGCGGAACGGCGGGGACCCAAGGACAUGGCGGCGGUCUCCGCGGUGUCGGCACUGCUGGCGGCGGCGGCGGAGAGAAACCGGUGGCAGCGGCUCCCGAGCCUGCUCCUGCCGCCGAGGACAUGGAUGUGGAGGCAAAGAACCAUGAAGUACGCAACAACCACAGGAAGAAACAUUACCAAGGUCCUCAUUGCAAACAGAGGAGAAAUUGCCUGCAGGGUGAUGCGCACAGCCAGAAAACUGGGUGUACAGUCCGUGGCGGUUUAUAGUGAGGCUGACAGGAAUUCCAUGCAUGUAGAUAUGGCAGAUGAAGCAUAUUCCAUCGGCCCUGCACCCGCCCAGCAGAGCUACCUUUCUAUGGAGAAAAUCAUUCAAGUGGCAAAGACCUCUGCUGCACAGCCUAUCCAUCCAGGAAAUUCCAUUGAGUUACAGAAAAUAUUUAAUGUUUCUAAUCAAUAUGUUAGUAUUUUGGGAUUAAAAAUAAGCACAUCCAAAUCCAUAAUGGCUGCUGCUGGAGUACCUGUUGUGGAGGGUUAUCAUGGUGAGGACCAGUCAGACCAGUGCCUGAAGGAGCAUGCUGGGAGAAUUGGCUAUCCUGUCAUGAUUAAAGCCGUCCAGGGCGGAGGAGGAAAAGGAAUGAGGAUCGUUAGAUCGGAACAAGAAUUUCAAGAACAGUUAGAAUCAGCACGAAGAGAAGCCAAGAAGUCUUUUGGUGACAAUGCUGUGCUGAUCGAGAAGUUUGUAGACACACCGAGGCAUGUAGAAGUCCAGGUGUUUGGGGAUCACCAUGGCAAUGCUGUGUACUUGUUUGAAAGAGACUGUAGUGUGCAGAGGCGACAUCAGAAGAUCAUUGAGGAGGCCCCAGCGCCUGGUAUUAAACCUGAAGUAAGAAAAAAGCUUGGAGAAGCUGCAGUCAGAGCUGCUAAAGCUGUAAAUUAUGUUGGAGCAGGGACUGUGGAGUUUAUUAUGGACUCAAAACAUAAUUUCUAUUUCAUGGAGAUGAAUACAAGGCUGCAAGUGGAACACCCUGUUUCGGAGAUGAUCACAGGAACUGACUUGGUGGAGUGGCAGCUUAGAGUGAGAAUAUUUUUUCUAUUAAAGAUUAGUCUUAGGCCGGGCGCGGUGGCUCAAGCCUGUAAUCCCAGCACUUUGGGAGGCCGAGGCGGGUGG